AUGGGUGCUUCUGGAUAUGGCGACCCCAAGCAGCCGAAAGCGGAGCGCGUAGCAAUUUCUUUGCUCUCCCGGCACGACCUGCAACCCGUCUCCUUCAGCCCCGAGCACUGGAAGCCCGUGCAAGCGCUAUGGGGCGGCUACGGCCAGGUCAUCGCGUUUAACGCGGAGGCCAGGAGCGCAAAGGGCGCGGCUUAUAUGGACAAGCUAUUGGGCCGAAACGAUGGAGAGCAAGGCUCGAUAUAUCCUCUCGUCAUGAAGAUCGUCACACCACCACCGGGCAGCCAGACAUCACCGAGCGAAGGCGAUUUACGCAAGAUGCUGAGCUAUGAUGUCGAACAAUACUUCUACGAGGAGCUCGCAACUACGCUCCCCAGCGACAUACCCGUCGCCAAGUGCGUAGCUUCUUCAAGGACUGUAUACGAUCAGGCAGAGGGGUCGGCACCCGAGUCGCAAUGCACAGCCAUGAUCUUGACAGACUUGAGCAUCGAUUUCCCUGUCGACUUCAGCAAGAGGCAGAUGCUGCGACCGGAUGUGGCGUAUUCAGCUCUCACGUGGUUGGGCCUAUUUCACGCAAAAUCAUGGGACUGGCUUCCUUUCAAUCCCGAGGACGUUGUGCUCCCGCCCUUGGUAGAGGCACAGGAAAGGAAGGGACGCAAAAGAGGCAGAUCGGUGUGGCGCAACGGGGGGUACACAUAUCUGGAAACACGACGAUCCGAGUUUCAGGACCUACAGGAAGACGAGUCGUCGGAAUGGUCAGCCGCACUCUGUCGGCCACACGGGAAACACCAAACACCAGCAGCGGUCCUGGCAGCGUCCUUCCUGAGCUCCAGAGGUCGGGCCUUUGAGACGUACAUCCACGGCGACGUCAAGUCAGAAAACAUGUUCGCGUCGAGGGAUGGGGACCAAGUGGCGUUCUACGACUUUCAGUAUGUCGGCAUCGGGCUAGGCGUGAGCGACCUCGCGAAGCUGUUCACAUGUUCCAUUCCGCAGAACAUGCUCGUCGAGGGCAGCGUACCGCACAGGCUCGAGAUGCAGCCCAAAGAGAGGGCACUGCUUGAGCGCUACCGUGAGGUCCUGCUCACAUCUGAGAAGGCGCCGGAAUAUGAAUGGCACGAGUUUUGCAGACACUGGGAGACAGCACUGGUGGACUGGUGCCGUUUCCAAGCGUCGUGGGGCUUAUGGGGCAAUACCGAGUGGCUCGAGGCGCGUGUACGCUCGAUAUUGUUGGAUCAAGAGUGGUGGAAUUGGGUCGAGCGUGCAGCGUAG